CUGGGUUCAACGAAAUCAGCUCCCUACGUCACGCGAGAAAGGAAUACAUAUAUCGGACUAUGAAAAAAGAAAACAUUUGCUAAGCGAAUCGACGCCUGGGAAAAUACGACCAAAUGACCACAGGAGAGCUACUGUCAAACAAAUGGAUUUUCAGCUCUAUAAAUAGCCCCUGUAUUCAUGCGCAACAAUUUUAAAUAUUAAUUGAGCUUUUGUAUACCUGGUUUGGUUUUCUUUGCUUUCGUUUCGUUUGUUUUUUAACAGCAGGGCAGUGAUUUGUGGCUGUAUUUGCCAACUUUUUGUUGAUUGUCACUUUGGAUUACUGACAUUAUUUUGAUUUAUCGUUAGAGAAAUGACAUACUGAGAGGUAACAGUUUUCGACGAGGUGGGCAAUUAACAUACAGGAGGAGUCCCGGUGUUGUGAGCCGUCCCAUUUGUCAUCAGGUGUCUGUUGGAGAGAGGUCUCCUUGGGGAAGCAAAGCGCAGUGAUUGUCUGACGUCUUGUUGCGAGCAUUUCAUCGGCCUUCAAGAAAAAAAACGGGGACUUCUCAUUUCUGAACAGGCGGAGGCGUUUGGUCCUGGAUGUUGCAGACUUGCCCGAUUUCGUCUCGCCUCCCAAUUCAAGCUUUCGAUAACGUUUUACGGACUUGGAAGUUGGAUUUAAAACAGUCUGGUCACCCGACUUUCAGUGACAAGAUGAUGGAUGUCUAGAGGGAAAUCGAUACCUUUCUGCUGAGGUCCUGCGAUUAAAGCUUUUUGCAUGAAUGGUUCGCAACCCAAGCUGUGUGAAUUAGCUUUUGCCACAGCCUCACCUGGACGGACCGUGCAUUACAGGGAAAAUCGGUGCAUCUAUGUUUGCGGUGCAUGUAUAGCUAUACAUAUCUCUUAUAUGUUUAACCGUGUGACGGAACCGUUGCAGUACCAGUGAUCCAGUCACAAGCCGCGUACGACUCUUGCAUUGGCUGAAGAAGUGACUUUAUUUCAAGCCGCUGCUUACUGCACACACGGCAAAACGACUCAAGACCUCGCCAUCGAAGUGUGUGCAAGGAAAUGUCAUUUAUUUAUUUCAAAAACAAAACAAUUCAUUCCAUUUCAGAGCAACCAACAGGUUAUUGCUGCAGUUUAUAGUAGCGUAGUUAUUUCGUUUUCAUUUUACAUUCUCUCAUUAUAUAGCAUUUAUACAUUUCUGUAAAAACUAGGAGACCUCAGUAUACCACAGUCAAAGCUUUUUUAUAUCGCAUAUAGGCAAUUUACUGCUGAAAAUGUGCAUAUUUAGUAUCGCAGCGUUCUCGCUGGGACUGUUGUUGGUCGGUUUCAGCGCCGUGGACACCCAGCCUUGCCCGGCACAGUGCUCGUGCUCCGGGACAACGGUGGAUUGUCACGGGCAAGGAUUGCGCAACGUGCCGCGGAAUAUCCCCAGGAAUACGGAGCGACUGGAUUUGAAUGCAAAUAACCUCACAAGAAUUACUAAAUCUGAUUUUGCUGGGUUGAGGCACCUCAGAGUAUUGCAACUGAUGGAAAACAAGAUCAGCACCAUCGAGAGAGGAGCAUUCCAGGACCUGAAGGAGCUGGAGAGGCUGCGUUUGAACAGGAAUAGUCUGCAGGUCCUUCCGGAACUUCUCUUCCUGGGAACGCUGAAGCUCUACAGACUAGAUCUGAGCGAGAACCAGAUCCAAGGCAUUCCCAGAAAGGCCUUCCGAGGAGCGGUGGAGAUCAAAAAUCUGCAGCUGGAUUACAACCAGAUCAACUGCAUCGAGGAUGGGGCGUUCAGGGCUCUGCGCGACCUGGAAGUACUCACGCUUAACAACAACAACAUCAGCCGCCUGUCCGUGGCCAGCUUCAACCACAUGCCCAAGCUCCGGACCUUCCGUCUGCACUCUAAUAACCUGUUCUGUGACUGCCACGUGGCCUGGCUGUCUGAUUGGCUGAGACAGAGGCCCCGGCUGGGCCUGUACACACAGUGCAUGUCCCCUCCGCACAUGCGUGGGCACAACGUGGCUGAGGUGCAGAAGAAGGAGUUUGUGUGCACAGGCAGUCACCACUCCUCCGCAUCCUGCAGUGUCCUGCAGUGUCCCGACUCCUGCACCUGCAGCAACAACAUCGUGGACUGCCGGGGAAAGGGCCUGACAGAGAUCCCCACCAACCUUCCGGAAACCAUCACGGAAAUCCGCCUGGAACAGAACUCAAUCAAGGUGAUUCCGCCAGGGGCUUUCUCUCCCUACAAGAAGCUGAGGAGAAUAGACUUGAGCAACAACCAGAUUUCUGAGCUGGCUCCAGAUGCCUUCCUGGGCCUGCGGUCUCUGAACUCUCUCGUUCUGUACGGGAACAAGAUCAGCGAGCUCGCCAAGGGCCUGUUCGAGGGACUCUUCUCUCUCCAGCUGCUCCUUCUUAACGCCAACAAGAUUAACUGCCUGCGUGUGGACGCGUUUCAGGAUCUGCACAACCUGAACCUGCUCUCUCUCUACGACAACAAGCUCCAGACUAUCGCCAAAGGAACGUUUGCUGCCCUUCGAGCGAUCCAAACGCUGCACCUGGCCCAGAACCCGUUCAUCUGCGACUGCCACCUGAAGUGGCUGGCUGACUACCUGCAGGACAACCCCAUCGAGACCAGUGGAGCCCGCUGCUCCAGCCCCCGCAGGCUGGCCAACAAGAGGAUCGGGCAGAUCAAGAGCAAGAAGUUCCGCUGCUCAGCAAAAGAACAGUAUUUCAUUCCAGGCACGGAGGACUACCGGUCGAAGCUGGGCAGCGACUGCUUCGCCGACCUGGCCUGCCCUGAUAAGUGCAGGUGUGAGGGCACCACGGUGGACUGCUCCAAUCAGAAGCUGACGCGCAUCCCCGACCACAUUCCGCAGUACACGGCCGAGCUCCGCCUCAACAACAAUGAGUUCACAGUCCUGGAGGCUACCGGCAUCUUCAAGAAACUCCCCCAGCUCCGCAAAAUAAACCUGAGCAACAACAAGAUCACGGACAUCGAGGAGGGCUCGUUUGAGGGAGCGGGCGGGGUCAAUGAGCUCAUCCUGACGGGGAACCGGCUGGAGAACGUGCACUUCCGCAUGCUGAAGGGACUUGGGGGCCUCCGGACACUAAUGCUGCGGAGCAAUCGGAUUGGCUGCGUGAGCAACAGCAGCUUCACCGGCCUCAGCUCUGUCCGCCUGCUGUCCCUCUACGACAACCAGAUCACCAGCAUGUCCCCGGGGGCCUUCGACACGCUGCACUCCCUCUCCACCCUGAACCUCCUGGCCAAUCCCUUCAACUGUAAUUGCCACCUGGCCUGGCUGGGAGAGUGGCUACGGAAGAAGAGGAUCGUCACGGGCAACCCCCGCUGCCAGAACCCCUACUUCCUGAAGGAGAUCCCCAUCCAGGAUGUGGCCAUCCAAGACUUCGCCUGCGACGACGGUAACGAUGAGAACAGCUGCUCCCCCCUGGCCCGCUGCCCGGCUGAGUGUACCUGCCUGGACACCGUGGUGCGCUGCAGUAACAAGGGGCUGAAGACUCUGCCCAAGGGCAUCCCCAAGGAGGUCACCGAGCUGUAUCUGGAUGGAAACCAGUUCACUCAGGUUCCACAGGAACUCUCCAAUUACAGACACUUAACACUCAUUGAUUUGAGUAACAACCAGAUCAGCACCUUGUCCAACCAAAGUUUCUGUAACAUGUCUGAACUACUUACCCUAAUUCUGAGCUACAAUAGGCUGCGGUGCAUCCCUGUGAAAGCCUUCGAUGGACUGAAGUCUCUUCGGUUGCUGUCUCUCCAUGGGAACGACAUUGCAGCGAUUCCAGAGGGGGCCUUCCAAGAUCUCUCCGCACUGUCACACCUUGCCCUUGGUGCCAACCCUCUGUACUGCGACUGUAACAUGCAGUGGCUGUCGGAGUGGGUGAAAUCCGGGUACAAGGAGCCGGGCAUCGCUCGUUGUGCAGGGCCAGGGGAGAUGACCGACAAACUGCUCCUCACCACACCCUCCAAAAAGUUCACCUGCCAAGGGCCUGUGGAUGUGAGUAUCCUGGCCAAGUGUAACCCCUGCCUCUCCAACCCGUGCAAAAACGACGGCACCUGCAACAACGACCCCGUGGACUUCUACAGAUGCACCUGCCCGUACGGGUUCAAGGGCCAGGACUGUGACGUUCCCAUCCACGCCUGCAUCAGCAACCCGUGUAAAAACGGGGGAACGUGUAAUCUGAAAGAGGGAGAAGACAGCAGCUUCUGGUGUGUGUGCGCCGACGGCUUCGAGGGCGAGUCCUGCGAAGUGAACAUCGAUGACUGCGAUGACAACGACUGCGAGAACAACUCCACCUGCGUCGACGGAAUCAACAACUACACCUGCCUGUGCGCCCCGGAAUACACAGCUGCUAAUCUGAAUGAGGUGGAGAAAGGGGAGCUGUGCGAGGAGAAGCUGGACUUCUGUGCCCCGGAGCUGAACCCCUGCCUGCACGACUCCAAGUGCAUCCUCACCCCCAAGGGAUACAAAUGCGAGUGCACUCCGGGUUAUGUGGGUGAGCAGUGCGACGUGGACUUCGACGACUGCCAGGAGAAUAAAUGUCAGAACGGAGCGCAGUGCAUCGACGCUGUGAACGGCUACACCUGCGUCUGCCCCGAAGGCUACAGCGGUCUGUUCUGCGAGUUCUCCCCGCCCAUGGUGCUUCCCCGGACGAGCCCCUGCGAUAACCACGACUGCCAGAACGGAGCGCAGUGCUUCGUGCUGGACACGGAUCCUGAGUGCCGCUGUCUGCAGGGUUACCAGGGCGACAAGUGCCAGAACCUGGUCAGCGUCAACUUCGUGGACCGCGAGUCCUACCUCCAGAUCCCGUCCGCGCUGAUCAGCUCACAGGCCAACAUCUCCCUGCAGAUCGCCACCGAUGAAGACAACGGGAUUCUGCUGUACAAAGGAGACAUCGACCACAUCGCCGUGGAGCUGUACAGGGGCAGACUGCGUGUGAGCUACGACACCGGGUCCUACCCGCCUUCCGCUAUUUACAGUGUGGAGACCAUCAAUGAUGGGAGUUUCCAUGUGGUGGAGCUUGUGGCAUCAGACCAGACCCUCUCGCUCUCUAUCGAUGGAGGCAGCCCCAAGUCUAUCAGCACCCUGUCCAAGCAGUCCACUCUCAGCAUCGACUCGCCCCUCUACGUCGGCGGCAUGCCCGGGAAGGCCACAGCCGCGGCCCUGCGGCAGAGCGGAGGGGGGCAGAACGGCACCAGCUUCCACGGAUGCAUCCGGAACCUGGUGAUCGACGGGGCGCUGCAGGACCUGGCGCUGUUCCAGCCGCGGGCGGGCGUGGUGCCCGGCUGCCAGCCCUGCCAGGGCAGGGUGUGUGCCCACGGGGUGUGCCAUGCCACGGGCCGCUCCAGCUUCUCCUGCCAGUGCGAGAGUGGCUGGGCCGGCACGCUCUGCGACCAGCAGGCCAACGACCCCUGCCACGGCAACAAGUGUGCCCACGGGAGCUGCCUGCCCAUAAACUCCUUCUCCUACAGCUGCCGCUGCCAGCCGGGGUACACGGGGGUGCUGUGUGACGAGGAAGAGGACGUGUUCAACCCCUGCCAGGCCAUCCGCUGCAAGCACGGGAAGUGCCGUCUGUCAGGCCUGGGCAAGGCCUACUGCGAGUGCAACAGCGGCUUCACCGGAGACGGCUGUGACCGAGAAAUCGCGUGUCGAGGAGAACGGGUCCGAGAUAGCUACCAGAAGCAGCAGGGCUACGCCGCGUGCCAGACCACCGAAAAGGUCUCGCGGUUAGAGUGCCGGGGGGGCUGCGAGGGGGGCCAGUGCUGCGGCCCCCUCCGGAGCAAACGCCGGAAAUACACCUUCGAGUGCACCGACGGCUCGUCCUUUGUCGAGGAGGUGGAGAAGGUGGUCAAGUGCGGCUGUACAAAAUGUCCGUCAUAAAAACGAAUAAUAAUAAAUACGAAUAAAUAAUAAAAAAAAUAUAGUUUUUUUUUUUUUGUUACUGUUACGUGUCCCUUUUUUAAGGAAAGAAAGAAAAAAACAAAACAAAAUCAUACCUUUUUUUUGGCAGUUGCUGGACUUGAUUGAUGCUUCCAUAGAGGAAAUGUUGAAUUAUAUUGUAAAAUACAGAACAAUACUUAUUUUUUAUUAUGAAGCGGAGAAAAAAAAAGACAAAAAACAAGAGAGUUGACUAUUUUCUUCAUUCGACGUCUGUCACUCCGGGGAUGCACGACGUUGUUUUUUUGUUUUCGUCUUUUGCGCUGAAGAAGAACUGAACUGACUGCUCAGUCGUGAAUGAAGAAAUAAAAUAACCCUUUGGCUGGUCACUGUUUCUGAUUUUUUUUUUUUCUUUUUUUUUUUGAUGUUUUAUGUCAGAAGACUCUUGGGAGGGCAGAAAUGUUUUUGAGCUAGUCGUUAAGGUUAGGAUCUGGUAAAGUAGAACGGAAAACUAAACAAACAAAAGCAAUGAAAACCAGCAUCACCAACAGGAAGACUUGAGAAGAUUUGAGAUCCUGAACCCGGUCUCCGGGACGACGUGGCGGGUUGGUCACGUGAUGCAAAAAACAGACAAACUGUAACCCAGUGGACGGCCGAGCGAUCUACUGAAGGUCAUGACCUGCAUACAGGAAGGAACUGCAUACCGUGAUGUAAAUGCCCAUAAAGUGCGUCAUCCAUUUUACUCACCCAAGUCCAACUUGUGUACAGUACAAUAGCAGAACCUUAAAUAGUAGUGAGCCUCUUUUCCAGUAUUAAAGCGUUGUAAUUUAAGUGUUGAGGGGGGGGAGGGAGAAGGGUUGUGAGAAACAUAGGUUAAUGAUAUAUGAUUAGUCAUUUGGUUAAACGAUACAUCUUGUCUUUUUUUUACCAUGCCUUGGCCUGUUGGCUCAGUAUUCUCUAUAUCACUGACAAGUAUUUAUUGUAUCAAAAAUACCUUUACUUAUUUGGUAGGUCUUCCCCUUAUCUUGCAGUUUUGAGUCUUUUAAUAUAUAUUAAUUUAUAUUUGUCCUGAUAUUUUUGUAUUAAAAAAAAAAGAGACAAAUUGAUCUGUUGGGAUAGAUUAACUAACACGGUGUCCUGCUUGGUUUUAAAAGAAAUGACCUGAGACUGUUGUAUUUUCCAGAAAACCUUAGGUACAUUUUAAUCUUAAAAUGUGAAGUGAAACAAAACAUUGUAUAUUUUUGUCAAAUCUCCUGAGAAUUUGUACUGUGCCAUGAAUAAAGGUCUUUAUAUUAGAGUAUAAAUGUAUAGAGUUAAAUUUUCCCUUUGUAUUUUACAGAGAUUAAAUGGUGUUUAGAGAUGUACCCUAGGAAAGAAUAGACCUCUUUUUACAAACGUUUUCCUUGAAGCUCCUUACCUUUUUAACAAAUUUAUGCUAAGAAAACUGUGACUUUUUUCUAAAUAAAUCUACUUUGUUAUCUCUAUGUUUCCAAUGUUAACAUGUUGCUGCUAAAUUUGUAAUGUAGACUUGGAUGCUGAUGUGUAUUUUAGUGGGUUGUGCUCUCCCUUCAUUAAAACAGAGCACAGUGUAUAACAAUAAAAAGUGACCCUCUUCUCAAAGUUGUGCUUCAUCUGACUUGGACUAAUGUCAGUAUCCUUACUGAUGUUUGUAUAUUAAACAGACUAUUUACAUCA